UGGGCAUCAUGAGUUACUUCCUGUCUUACUGCAAAGCUCAUGGCGGCGCUCUGCUCACCGGCUACCAGGCCCUGCGCGCUGAGGGCUUCCUGUGCGACGUCACUUUGGAGGCCGAGGGCACCAAGUUCCCGGCGCACAGGUCUCUCUUGGCUUGUUCCAGCGACUAUUUCAGGGCCCUGUUCAAGAGCCACACCCAGGAAUCCCGGGCACACGUGAUCCACCUGCACGUGCCAUCGGCGGCUGGCCUGCAGCGUCUGCUGGACUUUAUCUACACCGCCUGGUUGCCGCUCUCUAUGGACACUGUAGAAGAUACACUGGAGGCCGCCAGCUACCUGCAGGUCACCGAGGCCCUGGGAUUGUGCGGCAGCUACCUGCAACGCUUGCUGGACCCUGAGAACUGUUGCUUCGCCGCCAACGUGGCGAUGCGUUUCGGUCUGGCGCAUACACUAGACGCAGCUGAGCGCUAUAUCGUGCGUCACCUGCAGGAGCUGUUGGCUCGGGGUGCGGACCCCGUGGGACUGCUGGAGCUUAACCCUGCCUCACUGAGGGCCGUGCUGGGUGCUCCCGACUUAGCGCGGGUACCAGAGGCCCAGCUGCUGGGCCUGGCGCUGGCCUGGCUGCGACAGGAACCCAAGGCCGAACGCCUGGCCCACUGCACUGCGCUGCUGGAGCGCGUCCGCUUCGGCCUGGUGCCUGCCGAAGUGCUGCGGCGCGUGUACUCGGGCUCCGGCCUCGAGCUGCCUGCUCGUGUCAAAGGCCUCAUCAUCCAGGCCCUCAACUACCACACGGCGCCCUCCCGCCAGCCGCUUGUGCAGGGCGAGCAGACCAGUGUCAGGAGCCCGCAAACCCGCAUCUUAUUGGUCGGGGGACGCAGAGCCCGGGAGGCAGUGACAGAAGAGGCUGCAGUCCCCCAGGGAGCAGCCAGGGGCAGGGGCGCCAUAGUGGUGCCAGAGGAGGAGGAAGAGGAGCAGUUGCAGGAGGAGGAAGAGGAGGAGGAGGAGGACGUGGAGUGGGAGCUCACCCAGGACGUGGUGGCUUUCGAUGUGUACAAUCAUCGCUGGCGAAGCCUCACGAGGCUCCCCGAACCACUACUGGGGCACAGUGUGUGCGUUGCGGGCAACUUCCUGUUCGUCCUGGGCGGGGAGAGCCCUUCCCAAGGCGCCUCGUCUCCCCAGUCCGAUGGCCCGCGGGCAGUCACCGGUCAAGUACACCGUUACGACCCACGCUUCCACACUUGGACGACGGUGCCCGCUAUGCGGGAAGCGCGGGCCCACUUUUGGUGUGGCGCUGUGGGUGAGGGGCUGCUGGCCGUCGGGGGCCUGGGCCCGGGCGGCGAGGCUCUGGCCUCGGUGGAGAUGUACGACUUGCGCCGGGACCGCUGGACUGAGGCUGGGGUGCUGCCACGGGCCCUGCACGGUCACGCAGGGGCUGUCGGGGACCGCGGUGUGGUGUACAUCUCCGGGGGCAAGUCAGGGAGAGGCGAGGGCGGAGCGAGCAGCCUCAAGGAGUUGUACUCCCUGGGCCCCGGGGAGCGGUCCUGGAGCAAAAGAGCGCCAAUGGGCACCGCCCGCUUUGGGCACCACAUGGCUGCACUUCGCGGCGCGGUGUUUGCCUUUCUGGGACGCUAUGAGCCCUUCUCUGAGAUUGAACGCUACGACCCCGGUACUGACCAAUGGACUCGGCUGCGGCCGCUGCCCUACGACCGCUUCUGCUAUGGGCUGGCAGUGGUGGAGGAGACAGCGCUGCUGCUGGGGGGCGUCAAGUGGCGGGACUCGCGCCAGGUGCCUACCCGCAAUGUGGUAGGCUAUGACCUCGACCUGGACCGCUGGGAGGACAUCAGCUGUGCGCUGCCCUGGGCCUGGAGUGGCCUGCAGUGCGCAGUGCUGCAGCUGGCUGAGGGUGGGGACGAGGAGAGGGCGGGAGAGAGCAGAGAGGCUCCAGAUUUAGUGUUGGGCUUAAUGGGUUAGAGCAGUCUCGGAGCAACUGUGGGCUUUUCCUAAGAACAAGACUGGGAACUGAGUGGCUUCUGAAGGUUAACGAGGCAAUGAGGGUCAAACAGGCACUUUUCCCUUUAAGCUGAGAAAGGAAGACAGCAGGGGUCAAAUAGAAGGAUACAUGAAUCAGCUUCAGUGAGCUGGGGAGUUGUAGAAAUUCUCAUUGCUGGGCUAGAGAUGGACUUCCAAAAAUAAAAUAUGACCUUAUUUUCCUUCACAUUGUUAAAGUGUUUCCCUAGGUGCUAAACAGUGAUUACAUUUGUGCCAAACAAAUGGCCAAAAAAUACACUAUAAGAAGUUAUACACAAGACCCAGAAAAUUAUUAGCUAUAAAGGCUGUAAUAAAUAGUCCUAGAAGACAGCAUUAUCUGAAUAAAUAGUGAAGGAAAAGUGCCUUGGUUAAAUAGCAUGAAAUCAUUGUAAGGAGAAGUAUGACUUUAUGGUCCAGAAUCAUGGUUCUAUUCUGGUUUAAUAUAAAUUUGGAGCAUGAAAGGGGAAAAGAUCUCUAAGAAACACCUUUAAUUUUUUAAUAAAAAUAACCUGGGCUAAGUUUUUCUGUCUCUCAUCCUUACUUACCCCUUGUCUGCAUUUUCCCUGACUUUAGGCAGCACACUGCUUUUAAGUUAUAUUUCAGCAACUUAGCCAUAAUAAUCAGUCUUGUUGGUUAAGUGGAAUAUCUAACAAAAACAAAAUCCUAUUUCUUUUAUCCUCAUUAAAUAUUCAUUCUGCAGACAUGCUGUAGGUUACAUUAAAAGAAAUACAGACUUAUUUUUGGUGGCUCCUGUCUCCCCCAACUUUCCCAAAGAGUCACACAGAAAGGAAAGAGGAGUAAGUGAAAUGUUCAAGUUCGCAAGGGAAAUGGGAAACCAGCUUGAUUCUACAGGGACUCAGAGAAGAUGCUUGUACACUGAACAGGUGCUUCUUCUGGGUUGUACCACUAAUGGAGUAGCAAAGUUAGAACCUGUAAGGAGGGAUGGUGGCUGUGUGA